AUAAUGAAGACACAGGAAGAACUGGAGGUCAAGAAUAUAAAGAUAACAGAAUUUGAGAGAAGAGAAAAGGAAAGAGCUGAUGAAAUUACUAAGAUUAAAGAAGCACAUUCAAAUGAGAAAGCAAAAUUGAAUGGCGAAAUAAAGAGCAGACAAGACAUUGUAACUCGCUUGGAAAAAAAUUUGGAAAACCUAAACUGGGAAAAUACGACACUUCAGGCAAAAACUGCAGAGGCUGAAAAGAAAAUUAAAGAAAAUGAAAGACAGUACAAUAAAGCAAUUGAAAAACUGUAUAAAGAAAAUAAGGCAAAAAUUGAUGCUUUACUAGAGCAUCAUGCACAGGAAAUAGCUGGCAAAAACAGACAACUUAAUGAGCUUGCAUUGGAAAGAGAUGAUAUGAGAAAUAGAUUUAGCAAACUAGCUGGUGAUAAGCUAACAAACCAAAAUGCAGACAUAGCAGACCUUAGCGAUCCAAACAGAGCUAUGAAGCUGUCAGAGAAGUUUGGCCAACUAUAUGAUGACGAGUGGACAGAUGCAUUCGAAGUAUUGAAGGGAAAGAAAAUGUUAGUUAAAGAUGCCAUUCAGUUCCUUCUUGAUAUUCUGCAGAGAUGUGUAGCGUUCUGUGCGAAGCUGAGAGAUACACAGAUGGAUAGCUUAAAGAAUGUUCUGUUACAUCCGUCGCAAGAUGUCUCCAUGUUCCUGUCAGAACCUAGAAAACAUGUAUGUGUAUGCAUUGUUUGCUGUUAAAAAAUUAAUGCACAAUGCUUCUGCAGUCACAAUGAUAAAUUUGUAUGACCCCAAUGUUGAUAUUACUAAAUGAAAUGAUUUAUAUAAUCAUGCUUUUAUGUCAUGUAAAAUAGGAGCAUUCAUGCUGGAUUGGCUAUAAUGAUAAUCAUCAUACAAGAUACAUGUAUUUUAUUGGACAUUAUCUAAGGAAAGUGUGCAUUGUGACAUAACAUUUGAACCUUUGUUAUUCCAACAGCCAUCAUUAUUAAAAUAUUUGAUGGUUUUAAACAAAUCUUUAAGGCCUAAUCAAAAAUUGUUUGUUUUCGGUAUCCCAACCUACCCUAUAUUUUUGGCCC